GGCGCGGCUCCCAGCGGCUCUGCUGAUGGAGACCGCCAAGCUCAACCCCAUCAUCCGGGAUGUCUACGCGGCCGCUGGUCGUGUCCAGCAAGCACCGGCCGCCGUCUCGGCGCGGAGGGGCGGCAGCUGCCGAGAGCUCAUGGUCAAGCUGACGGAGGGGCAGUACGUGCUGUGCCGCUGGACCGAUGGGCUCUAUUACCUUGGAAAGAUCAAAAGGGUGAGCGGCUCCAAGCAGAGCUGCCUCGUCACGUUUGAGGACAACUCCAAGUACUGGGUCCUCUGGAAGGACAUCCAGCAUGCCGGUGUCCCCGGGGAGGAGCCCAAGUGCAACGUCUGCCUGGGAAAGACGUCGGGCCCCAUGAACGAAAUCCUCAUCUGCGGGAAGUGCGGGCUGGGUUAUCACCAGCAGUGCCACGUCCCGGUGGCGAGCGGCGGUGAGGGCCCGCUGGGGACACCAUGGUUCUGCCGCCGCUGCAUAUUUGCCCUGGCCGUGCGGAAGGGGGGUGCCCUGAAGAAGGGAGCCAUCGCCAAGACUCUGCAAGCCGUCAAGAUGGUGCUGUCCUACAACCCCGACCUGCUCGAGUGGGACUCCCCGCACCGGACCAACCAGCAGCAGUGCUACUGCUACUGCGGGGGCCCCGGCGAGUGGUACCUGAAGAUGCUGCAGUGCUACCGCUGCCGGCAGUGGUUCCAUGAAGCCUGCACCCAGUGCCUCAGCGACCCCAUGAUGUUCGGAGACCGGUUCUAUGUGUUUUUCUGCUCCGUAUGCAACCAGGGACCUGAAUACAUCAAGCGCCUGCCCUUGAGAUGGGUGGAUGUCGUCCAUCUUGCCCUCUACAACCUGGGCGUACAGAGCAAGAAGAAGUACUUUGACUUUGAGGAGAUCUUGGCCUUCGUGAACCACCACUGGGAUCCGCUGCAGCUUGGGAAGCUGACGGGCACCCCCAUCUCUGAGCGCGGCCCCCACCUCCUCAACGCACUCAACAGCUAUAAAAGCAGGUUUCUGUGUGGGAAGGAAAUCAAAAAGAAGAAAUGCAUCUUUCGCCUGCGGAUCCGUGUCCCGCCGAACCCCCCCAGCAAGGUGCUGCCAGAGAAAGCCCCCGGCGUGGGCGAGAGCGGCUCCUGCGACCUGAAGAAGAGGGGAAAAAGCAAAUAUGUCCAUAAAGACAGCCUGCUGCCCCGGCAGCUCCAGCAGCAGAAGCGGCGAGCGGCGCGGCGCAAGAGGGCUAAGUUCCUGCUGGAGGAUGCCAUUCCCAGCAGUGACUUCACCUCCGCCUGGAGCACCAACCACCACCUGGCCAGCAUCUUUGACUUCACACUGGAUGAAAUUCAGAGCCUGAAAAGUGCCAGCUCAGGACAGACUUUCCUAUCGGACGUGGACUCCACGGAUGCCGCCAGCACCUCGGGCUCGGCCACCACAAGCCUCUCCUACGAGUCCAGCCGGAGGACCGUGGGCAGCCGCAAGCGCAAGCUGGCAGCGCCAGCCUACGCCUCGGCAGGGGCGAAGAGGAGAGGCGGGGAGGCGGGUGGGCGCCCAGCCGGGGGCACCCCCGAGGGCAGCGAGGCAGCCUGCGGCCCCGACCGCCCGGACGAUGGCAUCGACAGCCACACCUUCGAGAGCAUCAGCGAGGACGACUCCUCGCUCUCCCACCUCAAGUCCUCCAUCAGCAGCUACUUCGGGGCGGCGGGCAGGCUGGUCUGCGGCGAGAAGUACCAGGUGCUGGCGCGGCGGGUGACGCUGGAGGGGAAGGUGCAGUACCUGGUGGAGUGGGAAGGCACGACCCCCUACUGAGCCCCGCCAGCCCCUAAACCUCUCCCGGAGCCAAACCAGAGGAGAUCGGGAUGAUGGGGGAACCCUCGCCGUGAAGCAGAGGAGGGGCGCUGGCCUGCGGGGAGGACUGGGACCCCUUCACACUGGGGGUCCCGGCCGGACCGGCUCCCUGGGAACCGCCACGGGUGGAGGCAGCGCCCGAGCCGGCGCCGUCAGCGGUGCUGCCCAGGGGUGAAACCCGCAGCCUUGCCGCUGUAUUUUUUUUUAAUCUUAACAAUUGUUAUUUUAUUGGCCGUGUAUAUGCAAAGAGCGUGGCCCAGCUGCGCUUUCCUGAUGGAGCCUUUGGCCGAGCCCGAGGCACCAUCACGGUGGUGGUAAGAGCAGUGAGCGGGUCUGGCCUUUCCAGAAGGGUCCCCCCGGCAUGGCUGGGCACCCCCUGGGAAAGCCCCUUUGGGGGGCACCCCACAACCUGCUCGUGCAGACGGACGUGGUGCCGGUGCCCGGCACACCCUGACUUAUCCCCACGUCCAAGCCUUACAGAGCAGACUCGAGGGGGUCCUGCUGCUAAAGCAAAAAGCACCCGUGCUUUCACAGCCCGUCCCUGUGCCCAUAGGAAACCAUGGAUGACUCUCGCCAGAGCCAGUGUAUGGGGUUUUCUUCCUCAUCAUAAAUCCAUUCAUUAAAGGAAUAUGGUUUGUUUUAAAUGAGGGGAAAUUGCCCCAUAAACAGCCCACGUGCAGCCGGCUUUCGCGGCCGCGGGGCAGACAUAUGUGGUUGCUCUCGUCCCGCAACCUGGACUGCGUGUGAUGAUGCACCAGCUUCGUUUCCUUGUUCUUCUGACAAUCACGGUCUUAGAAGAGAUCGGCCAAAAGAUACGCCUUUGCCUUAAAACCACCAUGGGCAUUUCACAGACUGGAGCCCGAGGCCUUUGUUCCCACAGGAAUCUUCAUCCUGAACGUGCCAAACGAGCAGACAAACCAAAAAGGCUGAAGAGGACAGCAGGGGCAU